AUGUCUACUUCGACUGCUGGGGGCCAGGGAGCAAUGCCUAAUUGGCAAAAGAUGCUAGGGGACCACUGCUCGAAAAACGGAUUGGCAGCUCCCGAGUUCCAUAUCGUGUCAGAUCGACGUGGAGGUAGAACCGCUUGGUCAGCAACCGUCAACGUAGGAGGCGGGAGUUUCGCCGCUCGAUACUGGUACGACGGUCAAUACCUCAACAACGCCAAAGAGGAUGCUGCCGAGGUCGCAAUCAGGAAGUUGGAUCCUCAACCCUUCGUCCCCCAGACAAAUUACUCGGGUCAAUUUUAA